UUUACCUGGGCUCUCGAUAUACCCGUGCACACUUGGGUCACAACACGAUCGCUCACUCACUCGCUACUGUCCCUCCUCACAGUGUCCGAUGCGCACAUACACGCUGCACCACGAAUACUCACAGCAGUGCACAUGAAUACAACUCCGCCGAUUUCAAACAACAUCAAAAUCAUCUCUUCUUGAUCCUCCACACUCGCUUCAGCGCCAUCGACCGCAUCACUGCUCCAUCCGUUGCGACACAUAUACAAUACUACCAACGAAUACCCAUCAAAUCACCUUGAAUCAACUCCUUGGACACACUGCUUCGCCGCCAUCAUGGGCUUCGGCGACUUCGUCUCCAUCUGCCAGCGCACUGCUUUACCGCUCUGUCCCCUCGUCGGACCGGUCUCACCCAUCACCGGCAGCAAUGGCGUGCAGACUAAUUGCUAUGCGCGCUCAAUCGAACUUGCCAACACCAUCAUUUUCCAAGGCGCGGCCGGAUUCGCGCAUAUCCUUGCUCUGAUCAUGACUGUAAUCAUGAUCUUUCAUGUUCGCAGCAAGUUCACCGCUGUCGGUCGCAAGGAAAUCACCUCAUUCUUCUACGCCUACGCCCUGCUCACUGUCUGCUCGCUGAUUGUCGACUGUGGUGUCGUUCCGCCCGGCAGCAAUGUCUUCCCUUACUUCGUUGCUGGACAAUUGGGCCUCGCGGCUGCCACUUGUGUCUGCUUGAUGAUCAACGGAUUCGUCGGCUUCCAGCUCUAUGAGGAUGGAACUACACUUUCGGUAUCAUUGGUCCGCGGAGCCAGCGCCGCCAUGUUCGCCAUUGCCUUCCUCAUCUCCAUCCUGACGUUCAAGAAUAUUGGCGGUCUUGGCCCGCAGAACACUAUCGGUUUGUUUGUGGUGGUCUACAUCAUUGGCGCGAUCGCCAUCGCUGUAUACGUUGUCUUGCAGAUCCUCCUCAUCAUCGGAACUCUGCAGGAGCGCUGGCCGUUGUGGCACAUCGGAUUCGGUGUUGUUGGAUUCGUGCUCGGUCAGGUCAUUCUAUACGCGCUCAGCGAGCCCAUCUGCGAUGGAGUGCAGCACUACAUGGAUGGCUUGUUCUUCGCCACAAUUCUUAACUUACUGGCGGUCAUGAUGGUGUACAAGUACUGGGAUUCCAUCACCAAGGAAGAUCUCGAAUUCUCCGUCGGCCAAAAGAUGAACAACUGGGAGGUCAAGGACCAUAAGACCAUGUUCGAGGAUGACCGGAGAAACACUGGAUAUGACAGCGAUUACGGCAACAGCAGUAGCAUAUUCCAUCCCAACAACCAGCGCGGCUCGACGUAUGCAUACUAGGCGUGAAUUAGGAUGCUUGUUGCGCUCGAGCAGUACGAUCAUACACUGUUUCAUGAUAAUGGCGGGAAUAUAUAUACAUUUGCAUUUCAGCACGGCGAGAUAGGCGUUUGGGUCAGAUCGAGGGACGGCACUGGCAGUGUGUCGGGAUUUACAAUACCAAGGGGCGGAGUUUUCCUUUGGAAAAAAGCAUAAUACUUUCGAUCUUGAUUUUUAUAUUCCGCCAGACAUUUUUUGACCAUCUUUUCCACCAAAGCUUGAUUUCACUGCUUUCGAAUCAUCCAAAAAUUUGUUUUGCAGCAUCACCAGAGACAUGUUUCUCACGCCCCCCAAAAUUGCCGCUAUGCCACUUUCUGCUUCACAAGGUCAUUUAUAAUCAUAUACCGCGAGAUUGCGAUCCAGCCCCACCGGAACCACCGCAUCUGGCUCUUAUGCGCGGUUGUCAUUGCCCGCUGUCCUUUCCG